AUGCCGCCACCCACAAGCAGAAGGGAAAUCCUGGCCCGUCUUCGGUCACAAAUACAGCAAGGCAAGCCCAUAGUAGGCGCGGGAGCCGGCAUUGGACUCUCAGCAAAGUUCAUCGAAGAAGGAGGCGGCGACUUGAUCAUUAUAUACAAUAGCGGCCGUUUCAGAAUGGCUGGUCGGGGAUCCUUGGCCGGCCUCAUGCCGUACGGAAAUGCAAACGACGUCGUCCUCGACAUGGCCAAUGAAGUGCUGCCAAUCGUCAAAUCUACCCCCGUCAUCGCCGGUGUUUGUGGUACAGACCCGCUGAGAAACAUGACCUUCUUUUUAAAACAGUUGCACGACAUGGGCUUUUCAGGUGUCCAGAAUUUUCCCACCGUGGGACUCAUCGACGGCCAGUUUCGCGCCAAUCUGGAGGAGACGGGCAUGUCGUACGACCUGGAAGUCGACAUGAUUGCCAUGGCUCACAAAAUGGGCCUGCUUACGACUCCUUACGUCUUCAACCCGCGAGAAAGUGAAAAGAUGACUCGCGCGGGAGCCGAUGUGUUGGUCGCCCACAUGGGCUUGACAACGAGUGGCUCAAUCGGCGCCACCUCGGGCAAGACCAUGGAUGAAUGCGUAACUCUGAUUCAGGAGAUUCGUGAUGCGGCCGUUGCUAUUAACCCUGACGUUAUAGUCUUGUGUCAUGGAGGACCAAUUGCUAGUCCAGACGACGCGCAGUAUGUUUUGAGCCGUACCACAGGGAUUCAUGGCUUCUACGGCGCAAGCUCAAUGGAGAGAUUGCCGGUUGAGACGGCUAUUGCGGAUAUCACGAGGGAUUUCAAGAAGAUUCGGACGUAG